AUGGAACAUAAAAGCAAAUCAAAACAAAGAAAAUGUGUUCUUGAUGGGGUUGAUAUUGAAAAGGUUAGAAAACUUUCUCGAGAUAGAUCACUUGUUAUUUUAAAAAUCAGAAAUUUUGGAACAUUAAACAUAGGAAAUCCUCAAUUUAUGUCAAAAGAUGAUGAGGAAUCAGAAAAUGAAGGAAUGAUAGAAAUACCAGUUAAAAAAGAAACCCAUUUACCAGAAAAACAUCAUCACCACCACCAUUCAAAAAAGAAAAUAAAAAGUAAAGAAGAACCUCAAAUUCAAGAAACUACUCAAAAGACUUAUAAACAAGAAACAGAAACUGUUAAUAAGAAGAAUAAGCAAGAUAACAUUUAUUCAGAAGAUAAUGAAACUAGUUUAGAAGAAAGAAUAAAUGACGCAAAAAGAGUGAUGGCUGAAGAACGCAAAAAGGCAAAAGAAAGAGGUCAAUCUACAAAACAACAAAAACCUAUUGAAGUUAAAAUUCCUGAACCACUACCUAAUGAUAAUAUAAGUUAUGGUCCUAAAAGAAGUAAAGGAUUUAAAAUUGAAGAAAUUGAUGAUAAUAACCGUGUUAUUGGAGAAAUUACUCCUAUGAAUGAUCAAAAUGAAAAAAGUGUUCCAAAGAAUUUUGCUAAUGCAACAAAUGACCCACAGAUUGAUCAAGAAUUAGCAAUUGGAUAUCUUUUAGUCAAUAAUGGAAAAUUACAAGAAGCAGUUAAUUAUUUAACAAAAUUUCUUCAAAAACACCCAAAUGUAUGUGGAGGAUAUAUUGCACGUGGAACUGCUUAUGCUAUGAUUGGUCAAUACCAAAUGGCAGUUGAAGAUUUUAGUAGUGCUGUUAUAAUAGAUCCAACAAAUGCCGAUGCACAUAAGCGAAGAGGACAAACACUAAUUGCCUUAGGUAAGAUUGAUGAAGCUCUUGUAGAUAUGAAUGAUGCUGUAAAAUAUGGAGGAGAAAAAGAUGUUGACUGUUAUAAACAACGUGGUAUUUGUUACCAAAUGAUACGUAAUUAUGAAUUAGCUCGUGAUGACUUUGGUGUCUGUGUCAAACGUUCUCAGGGAGAUUACAUUGCAUGGAAUCAUUAUGGAUUAAAUAAUACAGCAUUGGGAUUAUUCAAAGAAGCAGCUGAAGCGUUUGGUCGUGCUGUUUCAAUUAAACAAGAUUUUGUUGAUGGAUAUGUUAAUCUAUUCCAAUUAUUGAAAGACGCUGGAAAACCAAAGAAAGCAGAAGAAGUAUUUAAAAUCAUAUUUAGACUUGCUCCAAAUCAUUGUUUUGCUCACUAUUUAAGAGGGGUAUUAUUCCAACAAAUUGGACAUCAUAUUAAAGCAACAAAAGAAUUUGCAAUUGCUAUUUCAAAUGUUAACAAUCAACAAUAUGGAUUAGAAAAAGAAAUUGAUAAACAAGUUGAUUUAUAUCGUUAUAAUGGUGUGACAUUAUCUGCGUCUGGACAAUUUAAAGAAGCUAUUCUUUCAUUUGAUCAGGCAGUUGAUAUUAAAAGUGAUGAUAGUGCUUGGUAUAUGAAAGAAGUAGCAUUAUACACACACCAUUUAUUAGACCAUAACUUUACAGAAUGGAAUAUUGAUUCAUUUGAUCCAUUAUUUAAAGAAGGAUUUUGUAAACACCUUAUUCCUGCUGCCUUACAUAGAUAUGAAGAACAAGCUUCAUACGAUGACACUAUUCCAGAUGUUAGUGAAACAGAUUUACCAAGCCAAAGUGUUAUUGACAAAAUUUUAAUUCCUGCAAUGAACAUCGGUAAGUAUAUGCAGUAUGACUCACAAGGAUUUGUGCAUAAUGCUUCUCAAUAUCUCAUGGGAGGAUUAGCAGCAAUUAAUAUUGGACAAUACAUAAGAGAAACUAUUCCUGAAUGGAUUAAGGGUGGGUUAGAUGAAGAAAGUGCUAGAAAAUUGCUUGACAAAAUACAAUGGAGAACUUUAAUGGAAUUAUCUACAAAGUGGAGACAAAUAUCUGAACCAAAUGACCCUGUCUAUUGGAUUGAUUUAUUAACACCUGAACAAUUUGAAGAAGGAUUUGGAUCACAUACUCCAAUGUACACUGGACAAGGAAGAGUAAUUAGGUACUUCUGUCAAUAUGACCGGGCAUUUAAAAUAGUUCAAGAACUACUUCCUAAACAAGUCCAGUUAAAACCAGAAUGGGUUAAAGUGGUUAAAGAAGCAAAAAAUAUAGGAGAUAUUCUUAGAGUUGUUGAGUCUAAUUUCCAAGUUACGACCCCAUGUAGAUCUGAUAAUUUUGAUGAUCCCAAAACAGGAGAAAGAAUUAUCUAUGAAGGAACCAACCUAGUUACUGAAAUGAAAGAACCAGUAGGAUAUGAUUUUGCCAUUAAAACGCCAUGCAAAAAAUCAAGAUGGAUAUUGUAUGAUAAAGAACUUGAAGCAUGUUGGAAGAAGUUAGCAUUAUUAAUACUCACAAGAAAAGGAGAAAAAAAUGAAGAAGAGAAAAUUUUACGGGCUAUGUUUUCUUUCACGUUUUUCUGGUAUAAUUUCAUGCCACUAACUCGUGGAACUGCAGCAGGAGGGUUUGUGUUUAUGAUGUCUGUAUUAGCCUCAAUAGGUAAGCAAAUUGGUAAACAUAUUCCACAAGGAAUGCAAACUGAUUGGGAAGCUAUUUUAUGUGAAUAUCCACAUAAAUUUAGUGAUGUGAUGUAUAAUUGGAUGAAAGAUUCAAUAAUACCAUUUAAUAUUGAAUCUGUUCCAAAGAUAGAAGAAGAAAUACCAACUGUUAGAAAAGUGGUUGAAUGUUUUAAUUAUUGUCCACAAAUAAAAUGCGAAUAA